CUUACCGUGUUGCACCGAAGCCGGAAGCCGUUGUUAGAUUUGUGGAGGAAAAUGUCGUAGCUCACACGGAUGAAUGGAUGCUGUGAAACACUGAGGUGCCUUUGUUUACAUCUGUCCACCAUGACAUGAACGUAUAAUCCCCACUUCUCGCUCCCGCUGGUCACCAUGGCAACACGGAUGAAGCUGAAGCUAAAGACUGUGUUUGUGCUGUACUUCAUGGUCUCGCUCCUGGGCCUCAUCUAUGCACUGAUGCAGCUUGGUCAACGCUGUGACUGCACAGAACAUGACUUGCCCAAAGACCGUACCAUAUCCCGGCUGCGGGGGGAGCUGCACCGUCUUCAGGAACAGAUGAGGAAGUCUGAAGCUACUAAACAACCCCUGAAACAGGCCGCCAAGCUCUCUCCGCCGACCAUCUUUGUCAUCACCCCGACUUAUGCAAGGCUGGUGCAGAAGGCAGAGCUGACCCGUUUGUCCCAGACAUUUCUCCAUGUUCCUCAGCUCCAUUGGAUUGUGGUGGAAGACUCGCCUCAUAAAACACCUCUGGUGACGGACCUCCUGGUGAAGAGCGGCCUGACCUACACACACUUACACAUGCCCACGGCCAAGGACCGCAAACUGCAGGAGGUUAGAAUCAGACACACUGCUCACUCUCCACGUCAGGGGGAUCCCAACUGGCUGAAGCCUCGUGGAGUCGAACAGAGGAACGAGGGUCUACGGUGGCUCAGAGAGGACAGGAGGGCUCAGCCAGGUGGAGACACCCAGGAGGGGGUGAUUUACUUUGCUGACGAUGAUAACACAUACAGCUUGCAAGUAUUUGAAGAGAUGAGGAGUACCCAGCGAGUGUCUGUGUGGCCUGUGGGGCUGGUUGGAGGGAUGAAAUACGAGAAGCCGGUGGUUGAAGGAGGAAAGGUGGUUCGCUUCCACACCGGCUGGCGUCCUAGUCGCCCUUUCCCGAUGGACAUGGCCGGAUUUGCCGUGUCCCUCAAACUGGUCAUGGCCAAUCCAGAGGCGUGUUUUGAUGGAGAGGCACCCAUGGGCUUCUUAGAAAGCAGCCUUCUUCAGGGAUUGGUUACCAUGGAUGAACUGGAGCCCAAAGCAGACAAUUGCUCAAAAGUGCUGGUGUGGCACACGAGGACAGAGAAGCCGAAGAUGAAGAGAGAGGAAGCUCUACAGGCUCAGGGAAUUGGUUCAGACCCUGUUGUGGAGAUAUUGAACUUUCCUUAAGAGUGUGAGCGGGUGAAACUGAGUGGAAACAGAGGACAGCACACCUGUUCUCUGUCUGACUGUGUCAGGUCACACAUCUCAUUACCCCGAGGCAGCGAUGGGAUGUAACAGACUUCAUUUCUCUCUGCCCGAUUGU